GAAGAGUUCCUCGCGAUUCUCCGGGCCGUCGAAGAACAAAUCAAGAACGGGGAGCUUGGCGCAGACGGGCUGCUGCCGACUAAGGUCAAGUUGCCCGGGCCCCCGGACAGAGAAGUCGAAGUGCCCGCGUCAGUGAGAAACUUGGUAGACACGCCGACAGACGCGGACAUGCUGAAAGACCAACUUUCCGACGCGCUGCAGUCGGAAGCGGGCCAGGAGAGCGUGAUCCAGAGCACGAUUGAAAUGGGCCAGCGUUACAAAGAUGCGGGCGUGAAGGGGGACAUGGUCAAGUGGAAAAUCGGGGACAGAGAGGUGGAGAUCUUUUUGUGCGCGGAGAUGGUGGCGUUCGUCACGUUUCGCCACGAGAAAAAGGUGAAACUGCAGGCGGGCGACGAUGUCGACCCGAGGGAGAAGCACAAGGCCACCGACCAGCAAGUGAACGCCGCGGUGCAAGACCCCGGGAAGGCUUUGAGCUUUCUAGAGCGGAACGAAGACAAGGAUCUGAAAGCGCUGGACGAUGCCACCGAGGAGGAUCGCAAGGCCGCCGAGGAGAAGCGCAAGCUGACCCCGGAGGAGCGAAAGCAGAAGCAGAAAGAGGCGGCGGAGCGCCGGGAAGCGAACGAGAAACAGAAGAAGCAGGUGCGGGCGGACCGCCAGGAGCUGCAGGAGGCCAUUCGGAGAGGGGAGGCGAAGGAGGUAAAAGAAGAACACAAAGACGAAAACGACCCCACGAUCACCUGGGAAGAGAAGAUCUACAAGACCGCGGAUGGCAAGACGUGGAGCAGCUGGAAGGCGACCAAGAAGUUCGAAGACGGGGUAGAAAAAAUUGUCCACGAGGGCUGGCAAACGCCGAAUGCGAAGCACGAAGAGUCCUCGCAGUGGGAAAAGAAAACGGAGAAAAAAGCCGACGGCAGCACCGAGGAGAAGUGGCAGAUGGUGAAAAAAGUGGAAAACGGCAAGGAAAAAGACCUCGCAUCUGCAAACGCUGGCGCAGCUUCCUCUUCGCAAAACGACGACGCUAAUAAACCUCCGGAGCAUUCCCAGGAGGAGAAGGACGCAAAUAAGGGCCGCAAGACCGGUUUGCUUGAGGAAGGCCCAAAGAAGAGCGACGACGUCCAGAAAAAAGUCGACUCCAGCGAGUGCGCGCUCGAUGACGAAGGGGACGACCCAACAUUUCAGGAGGCGAAAGACGCCCGACCAGACAUCGUUAACGAAGCGCACGGCGUGGACCAGGCUGCGCAGGACGCCUGCGGGGCUGCGGAGGUCCAGCAGAUGACGGGGACACUCGAGAACGAGACUCCGGAGCAGCGCAAGGCGCGG